AUGAAACUCUCAUCCAUAGUGGUGCUUAUCCAAUGCUUUGUCGCUGCCCGGGGUGCUGUCACUGAGAGACAAUCCAGUGGCUGUCUCGCUUCUGCUACUGGAUUUGCUUCUCUGAACGGGGGCACAACUGGCGGCGCAGGCGGAACGGAGGUGACAGUAACUACUCAAGCUGAUCUCGAGAAGUAUGCCAGCGCAUCAGGCAAAUACGUGAUUAAGAUCAGCGGUCGUAUCACCAUCAGCCCUCUCGGCAAGGAAAUCAAGAUUGCCAGUGAUAAGACCGUCAUCGGAUUGGGCACCACUGGCGAGCUUAAUCAAGGUGGUUUGGGCUUGAACGGGGUCAGGAACAUCAUCAUUCGCAACCUCAAGAUAGGUCACACCAACCUUAACGAUGGCGUGGAAAACGACCGUGACGGUGUUCAAGCCGACACCGUGAGCAAUAUCUGGAUCGAUCACUGCCUUUUUGAAGAUGGCGGUGACGGCUUAGUUGAUCUUCGGAAGGACACCACCUACUUCACCGUCUCCAACAACAUCUUCCGUAACCACGACAAGACUUUCGGCAUUGGCUGGACCGAGAAUGUCACGGCUCGUGGAACCAUCAACCACAACUGGUUUGACAACACAAAUCAAAGAAACCCGAGCGCCGACAACUUGGCACAAGUGCAUCUCUACAACAACUAUCUCUACGGCGUCACUUCAUACGGGCACUACGCUCGCGGCAGCACCAACGCACGUAUCGAGAAUGUCUUCUUCGAGAACACCAAGAACCCCUUGACCAAAGACUCGGGUGCCGUACUCAAUGCCUCUGGUAAUACGUAUAAAAGCUGCACUGGCACUACGGCUGCAAACUCAGGAACCUCCUUUGACCCCAAGAGUCUCUAUUCGUACACCUUGACUGCUACUGCGGAUGUUCCUGCCUAUAUCAAGGCCAAUGCUGGUCCAAGAGCUUCUGUCUGCUCCUGA